AGGGAGAAGGGGCGGAAGGUUUUGCAUAGGUCCUGGAGGCGGUACUGUGUCGGUGUGUGGACCUUGUCUUCUCCCUCGCGCAGAGGACUCCGUGGUUUCGUCGCCCCUCUCAAUUCCUUUACGUUGUUGGUUGGGAGCGUCAUCUUGGAGAAGGGGCGCCCGCACAUCUCGGCGGAAAAGAUUAAAGGUUAGAUUGUAAGAAAAGGAAAUAGAAGCCAUGUUUCGAAGACCUGCAGUGCAGGUCCUUCAUCAGUUUGUGAGACAUGAGUCUGAAAUAGCUGGCAGUUUGGUUCUCGAAAGAUCUCUGAAUCGUGUGCAGUUACUUGGUCGAGUAGGUCAGGACCCUGUCAUGAGACAGGUAGAAGGAAAAAACCCAGUCACAAUAUUUUCUCUAGCAACAAAUGAGAUGUGGCGAUCAGGGGAAAAUGAAACACACCAAAUAGGUGAUGUCAGUCAAAAGACAACGUGGCACAGAAUUUCAGUAUUCCGACCAGGCCUGAGAGAUGUGGCAUAUCAGUAUGUGAAAAAGGGGUCUCGAAUUUAUGUGGAAGGGAAAGUAGACUAUGGUGAAUAUAUGGAUAAAAAUAAUGUGAGACGACAAGCAACAACAAUUAUAGCUGAUAACAUCAUAUUUCUGAGUGACCAGACGAAAGAGAAGGCAUAGAAUGGACGAUUCUUCUUUGGCCAUUGUUUGGUACAGUCUCGUUUCCAAAUCUUGAUAGUCUUUAUAGUUUCUGAAGACAAGAAUUAAAAUACUCUAUGUAAAAUGAGUGAUAAUAUUUUUCCUGACUGCUGUUCUCCUUCCCCUUUUCGUGUCAUGAACCUUGGUAGCUCCUGUAUGUUAUGGUAUUCACUAGUUUUUUAUUCUUUAAGAGACAGUUUCUGUGUAUAAGUAUACAAGAUAGUGAACUGUUAGGGUCAUCCGUGUUAUGGCAGAGGGAUAACUGUCCUUUCGGAAGCCCCCCCCCUUUUUGUGCACACUUCUAUUAUAGUAUUGAUUUAGCUACUCAGUGUUUAUUGAGCAUUGCUGUACGUCAUACAUGUAUCCCAUGGUUGUAAAUACUGAUUUCCUUAUCUGUUUGGUUUAUAGACUAGAAGGCAAGAACUGUAUCUUCUUUAUGUACCUGCGUCUUAACCAUUGCUUGGCACAGAAUAGGCAAUAAAUGUUGACACAUGAAUGAUCCCAACGGGAUAUUAAGCUUUAGCCUAAAUUGUAGGGGCUUGCUGAACAGUGGUUAAUAUCUAAUCUAAAUAGCUUCAAGAUGAACCUACAUUAUUCACGUCUUCUGUUUUUGGACAAUUUCACUAGUAGCAUUUGUGAAACAGAGUUUACUAGCAGUAAAGACCUAAAGUAUAACUAGGGAUGAAGUAGUCCAUCUCCAGGUGAUGACAUAGGCUCUGGUUUCACUAUUUUCUCUCUUUCUAAACCCCAUUCUCUGUCCUUUUAGUCUCAUACAGACUCUCAGGGGAGUCCCUGCCUCUCUAGGUUAGCGCCCCAGGUAUAACAUUUUCCUCUUAUUUUUCUACAUGGUCUCUUGUUGUACAUACUGUGUACAAUUGUGUAUGCACAGUUACCUUUAUUAUAAGAUUCUGACAGAGUACUAGUAAUUUACUAGUAAAGAUUACAUAAAACAAACUCAGUUUUUUAAUGCAUCUUUUACUUCUACAUGUCCUCUCCCCUCUGCCUGAGAGAGUGUGGUGCUAACUGUAGCUUAGACCCUGCUGGACUUUAACAGGUUCAGAAUUCACAUGCUAUUUUAUGGACACUUGACUUUUUGUUUUAAGGUAUUUUCUGCACACAUCAGCAGCAUUUUGUACUCACAACUUGUUUAAGGAAAAAUGGAGUUCCUUAGCUUUAUCCUUUCUUUCGCCCAGGAACAGUAGAAAAUUAAUUACUGUUUCCUCAUAUCAGCUAUCUUUAUUUAUUUUUAAAUUUUAAUUUUUUUUUUCAACCAUCUUUUUCUUUUUUUCCUGUACCUGGGACCAUUAGUCAGCACAUUAAGUCUGCUCUCUUGAGUUCCCACAUUAAAACUGGUGACGUAGUCCUCACUCCUUUACGCCACAUUCCUUAAGCAAAAUUGUAAAGUAGAUAAAAUUUGUCUUUUGGGCAACUUUUAAUUUUUUUCCUCAGCAAAGGUACUUUUAUGCUCCUUCAAAGUUGUGAGAAGUUAAUGCGGAUUAGUAUUCCUGUUUAAACUGAGUGAUGAAUCUGUGCUUUGGGAAAGUGACAUGGUGAACAAAACUGCUUAAUUACCAACCCCAAGCGAUUCUGAGUCCAGGGUGCAGGGGCAGAAGAAGAGUGUGUCCUCCAGGAUCCCCGCGAGCCGAGGGGCUCUUCUGCAGACUCCCACUGGAGAUUGCUUGAGAGGCUCUGAGGCUGGGCAGCAGGGCUUUCAGAGUCAGGUGUUCAGUGCAGAGGCCUCAGCGUGCGUGUGAUACUGCAGACCCGGGGUCCACAACCAGGCAGGCUGUGGGAGCAUAAACUCUGCCCUCCCCCCGCAGGCAGCCCCGUCUCCUGAGAAACUUUCUACUGUUCCGAGCCUAGUCUCAGAGUAGACCUGUGGAAUCUGAUAGCAGUAACAGACCGUAGGGGUCUUCUAGUCCAAGUUUUGUGUCCUGCAUUUCCUUUUUUCAUGUUCUUACGGUGUCAGGGAAUGUACCUGCAGAAAACUGCCCUGUGACUUUGAUUUUGGGAUUCUGGGUUAGGUAGAAAGAUGAGUAUGAUACAUGGAAGUGUGGGAGCAAAAGUAUCAAACAGCAUGUGUGGUGUUACUCCCAUAUUUGAAAAAAAGUAAUUGAUAUAAAUAUAUACUUAGAAGAGUCUGGAAGGAGAAAAAUCAAAAUGCUCUGAUGAUCUCUGAGAAGAUUAUGUAUGAUUUUCCUUAUUUUUUACAAUUUUGUAAUUUUUUUUUUUUUUUUUUUUUAGCAUUGAGUAUGUAUUACCUUUAUAAGAAGAAGUAAAUAAAGCUCUUUACAUUUUUGGGGAAAAAAAUCUUUCCAUUAUUUCCAAGCCAGGCUUGCUCUCCUCAUUCAUGUUAAGCUAGUAUCACUUCAUGUGCUAGAGGUGAACAAGAUAUUCUUUCAUGCAUUUUUUUCCCGCAUUAUCUGUAUCAUAACAUCUCAUGCUUAAACACUUCAUUUCUUUUUUUUUUUUCUUGUAUUCUCUUAAUAAACGUACACAACCCAGAAUGGCUGACUUUAAAGACCAGCCCAGAUAAGAUCCACUAUUUGCUGCGAGGUGCAGUUCUCAGAGAGUCAUCCAUUUCUUGAAAAUCGGACAGAUUGAUCAGUCCAAAGACAUCUGAAAACACCAAAGACAUGGUUCUAUGGCUGUUUUGGGGAUUACUUGUCAUUGCCAACUGCGUUUCAGUCUAACCUUUGCAGCUCAUUUAGGGGAAAUUAGUGGUAGUUUCUCAUUGUUCCCGAAAGAUAUCGUGUACUUCUUGAAGGCAGUGUUGUCUUUUACUCAGACUACCCUUUUGCCUUUGUCCAGCUCGGCCGAGCACAGUGACAUUUUAGGACUUUGUAAAUGUGUGUUGUUCAGUUGAACUUUUUAGAGAGUGAGACUUUUGGUAGGCACCAACAGCAUUGAAGUCCCCUCUCAAAACUACUAUACUUGGCCCCUGUGCUAGUCCCACAGUCUGUGAUAGGAUGAUGUGUAGCUUUUUCGGCUGUCAGAGUCAUGCAUCCACAAUACUGAAAUUUUUCUUUUUCUCUCUUUACCCUUCAUCCAUUAGCUCUCUGCCAUGCUUUGGACCUUAGGGUCCUAUUUGUCCAAAUAAGUGUACAUCUUGACAUUUUUUAGUUUUUCUGCUGUACCAGUCAUUUGGGAAAAUGGUGGUCUGUCAUAAUAGUUCACUUAAGGCUGUGCAGUCAGAAAGCCUGCAUUUGAAUUUUUGCUUUACUCAAGAGCAGCUGGGUGAACUCUGGUGUGUUUCUUAACUUUCCAUGCCUUUGAUUUUUGUUGUUUUGUUUUCCUGUGAAUAAAACAGGGAUAAUAGUAGUUGUACUUUUAUAGGCCUACUGUGAAGAACACAGUAAGUAAUACAUGUAACUUACUUAGCACAUAGUAACUGAAUCAAGUGCUCAAUACAUGCUGGCUAUUGUUACUGCUGUUGCAGUUAUUUUAAACAAGGUGUAUCUCUCAGUCACCAUGCCCAUCUCACCAAGUCUCAGGAGAUACUUAGGAGAGCAUUUUAAUUUCAGUUUAUUGUACUCGACCUUUUUUUGUUGAGUUAUUAAUGUCCGUGGAUUACUGAGCACGUAUUCCACUUUGGUCAUUUUUUUUCUUUGGUUUGUUGUUAAUCUUCUAUGGCUGUUUACUAUUAACCUGGGCAUCUUUUUUACACUCAGAGGCCAUGUGGGCACCUGCUAUAUGCCAUGCAGCCGUACAGUGUGGAUGUAGCGGUGAAUAUAACAGGACUCCUGCACUGAAGGGACUCGCAAUGUAGGGUGGUGCAGGUUGAAUGGGGGAGGUAAAAGCAGGAGUUGUGUAGGCAAGUGUGAUACGAUGGGAGAGACACUCUAGUCACGGUAGAAACAGAGUCCAGCGGGGCGCAGAAGAGAAUAGUUAGGUUAGUUUUCAGCAGAGGAAACGGCACGAACGAAGGUCCAGAAACUUAAAAGUAUACGAAGCAUUCGAAGAUAAAACAUGAAAGGUAUUUGAGGCUAGAUUGUAAAGGGUGUUGAAAGCUUGCAGAGGACUUUGGCAAUGGGGAUCCAUAGAAGGUUUUAAAACAGCGACAUCUUAUCAGAAUUGUGCUUUAGAAAGAACUGUGAAGACAGUUGAAGGGUUAGAAGGAGCAAAGCCUGGCGGUAGUUAGGAAGCUACUGAAUAAGCCUGGAAAGGUUAGUAAAGUGGGGAUGAGAGGUGACACGAGGGAUGUUUAGGAUUCACAUCGACUCAUUCGUCGCGUACCAAGUACGUGCCAGAUCCUGUGCUAGGCUCUGGGUUGGAGACAACCGAGGACGCAUAGCUCCUGCCCAGCACCUAGUGGUGACAGAACAGGUGUUGGUGGUAAGAGAAAAGGCAAUCAGAAGAUAAUUUUUUUUUCUAAAUUUUAAUACGUUUACUUAACCCAAUGUAUACAAAAUAUUCCAACAUGUCAAUAUCAUACACUCCCCUCCCAUCCGUCCUCAGUCUUGGCGUCCGGUGUGUGUUACACUUACUCCUGGUCACGCUGUCCGGCUGCAAUUUAGAGCUCUGUGGCCUCUAGUGACCCCCCUGGUGGACUGCGUGGGUCUACCCGGGUGCCUGAAAGCAUCCCAGAGGCCACUUUGUGGGACUCCAGAAGAUAAUUUUGAAACUUCUGCUUGGGCAGCUGUGUAGAUGAUGACAUUUUAUUAGAGACUAAGGAACAUGGAUGUGGCAGCAGAUUUGAGAAGAGCGAAGAUAUUGAGUUUAGUUUUGAAAAUAGUUUAACUGUAGACUUUCUAGCUUAUAUUUGGGAGGGUGAAGGUUAACGAGUCUGGCGCUCAGAAGAGAUGCUGAGGCAAGAGUGACUUUAUUUUUCUUCUGCCAGACACAUCGUAAGCAGAUUUUUUGUGAGAUAACUUGCAGAUGAUGCCAGGAUUCCAGCUUCCUGUUGUGGAAAACCGUAUUGUGGGAAGGAUUUCCAGUUGCCUACCUGUUUUACGAUGUACAUGGGAUUUGUUCUAAUCAGGAAUGGUAUGAUGACAGACACAGAGACAACCUUUGAACGAAGAGUUUAUUACUUAACAGUUCUCAAGAGGAGGGCGUGCAACACACCAUGCCAGCACCACACGGAGAGGUACCAGGGUAGGUCAGGAGGCAGAAGGAGCAAGGGAAAAGCAUGGGUCAGAGCUUUUAUUGUUGUUUUUAUGGGGAAAGAAUGGGUUAGACAGGAUAGGAGCGCUGAGCAAGUUUAGGAUUGGACAGUUUGAAUACAUUUCAGCAGGCAGUGGGUAAUAGGGGUGGUCCCUAGUUGUCAGGUACCUUGCCCUGGGGUGAUUUCAGGUAGAGGAGUAGUGUCCUGGACUUCAGGAGCCUGAUGAAAGGCCAAUGAGGGCUAUGAACUCAGGGUUGCUUGGUGUGCAUAUCAAAGGCAUGCUCGUGGGCAAGUCCUUUACUAUUUCUAGGAAUCAGCUAUCGUUUGGGGGUGGAGUGGGGAAAGUCCCUCCCAGGCUCUGCCAGGCCCCAAGAUGUCAAAGCAUCGUAAAAUACAGAAAAUGAGAAACGUCAUUAAAAAACAAAAACCAAAAAACGUUAAUAUGAUACCCAAUAUCUAUUACUCCUUCUACAUUUACAGAACCCAUAUUUUAUUGGGGAUGACAGUGUGAACAGCUAAAAUAUUGUAUUUCUAUUCUCCUUUGCAGUUAAGGAUUGCUAAGGGGCUAUAAGCAGAACUUAUUUGAUGGUGUUUCCAGGGAAGUUCCUUCAGUGAACUAACUUUGUUGGGAGGCUCAUCCUGUGUGCUUCUCUAAACCCUCAUUUGGCUUUUUCUUGUCUGAAAUGUGGACUCUGUGGCUGAAUCUCCACUAGUGGUCUUGGAGCAUGAUACUAUCUUCAGGAUGGAAGACAGAAGAAGUUGGGAUCCGUGAUGACCAUGGAACCACCAUACCAGUCCUGGACAGUCUACUUCUGGACUUCUUUUGGAGACACAAAUAAAUCUCUACCUUGUUUAA